GCCCCCCAGUCUGGCAUGUGUACUUUACUCAAUGACCCCUUUGUGGGGCUUGUAUUUAUAAAGGCAGCCUGCACCUCCAACACCUCCUCAGUCCAUUACACCUUCACCAUGAGAUCCAUAUGCAGCGGUGCUUUCCUUCUGGUCUGCUUCAUCUGGGCCACAGACGCACAGAACAGCAGCAACCACAUCGAAAUCAACCAACAGAGCCGACCCCAGCCACAGCCGAAAGCAAACCUCUGGGAUGAGCCUAUUCGCUUCAACACCAAAGCCAAAGACACCUGCACCAUGGUGAUCUCCAGCCAGAUGAACUCCACCAAGCUGCGCGUCUCCUGCAAGAGCAAGGGCAAGUCGUACUGGUGUGAUUUCCUGGGCAAACCCAACCUCUGCAAAUCAUACAACAACAACCCUCGGCACUACUUCACUCAAAUCAUGUGGGACUUGAGGAAGCUCCACAAUGCCUGCCAAGGGUCGAGGGUUUACAAGCCACAGAUGUGCCGCUCUGCUUCGGAUGAGGUCCAAAUGGUGUUCCACAACUCUUGGCCAAAAAACUCGGUCCCAAAACCUACUCAGGCUUCUCAGAACCAGCAAAAGCACCAGCAGCAGGUCAAGUCCAGCGUCCCCCCUACCAAACCUCCCAGCAAGCAGCAGCUUAAACCCCAACAGCCGGCUAGAGCAGCUUCUAAACCAGCCAAGACUGCGGCUUCAAAACCUGCUUCACCUCGAAAACUUGUAAAGGCCACCACAGUGAGACCCACCGUGGCGGAGGAGAGUCAAUCAGUCAAGAUGGCAGAGGAAUACUGCUGGAAGAGCCUGCAGGGCGUCUGCGCGUACUUCAUCAGCUGGUUUCAGAGUUAAAACAUCACAGCUGGUUACCAGCGACCUAGAUUACCUCACUGAGAUUUCUACAGGGACUCUACAGUGCAUAUGUGUGUAUGUGUGUGUGUGUGUGAGAACGUCGUUAUGACUGCACCAGUGUGUCUGUUUUUUUUUUUUUUAUGUGAGUCAUCAUAUGUGCUAAGUGAAAACAAGAAUGAAAGGAAGAAACUUUGUAACAUGUUGUUUAAUAAAAAUGUAUUUCAUAA